AUGGAACUCAUCGAGCUGCGGGAGCUGCAGCCGGAGCCGCGGCCGGGCCGGGGCCGCCUGGAACGGGCCAACGCUCUGCGCAUCAGCCCGGCCCGCCGGCCCGGCCCCGGAGCGCAUCCCGACCCGCGGCUGACGGCGGCACCGGGCGGCGGGCACCGCUUCGAGCCGCGGCGCCGCGGGCUGCACACCUGGUGCGAUCUCUGCGGGGACUUCGUCUGGGGCGGCGGCAGGAAGAGCCUCCAGUGCCGCCACUGCAGCUUCACCUGCCACUACCGGUGCCGGGCCCUGGUGCGGCUGGACUGCAGUGGCCCCUCGGGUGCCAGCGACGAGGAUGAUGGCAACGAGCAGGUGCUGGAGAAGGACACCAACGUGGUAAGGCCUGGGCCCGUCCCUGAGGGAGAGCAUGGGCAGAGGGCAGUCAAGCUGGGGGCUGCCCAGGCUUGUGGGGGGGCUAUGCCAGGCUGUGCCAUGUGAGGCCAUGUCACAGCUGUGCCGAGCCUUGCUGCAUUUUGGUGUGCCAUGCCGGGCUGUGCCAUACCAGGCUGUGACAAGCCUUGCUGGACUGGACUGGGCUGGGCUUUGCUGGGCUGUGUGAGUCUGUGCCAUGCUGGGCUGUGCCAAG